UAUGAUCUCGNAACAUCUGAAGCUCUGAACAGCUUUGUCAGGGCCAGCUGGGGUGACUUCCUGGCAAGUGCUGCGGGGGCCCUGGAUGUUUCUAAAUCCAGCUCAAAGGCUUCUGUCCUGGGAAGAGCCGGAGAGGGUUCCCAUACAGUGAUUCAGCUCUACAUGGUCAACACAGGGGGCCGACCAGACACAGAAUCCCCUUCUCAGUGGAGAACGGGGCUCGUGUCUGAUAACACAAGGUGGUGCGUUAUUGACCGUGGGUUUGAGCUGAUCCCAGUGUGGGACGUCAUCCUGUACAAUCACAGCAGGGAUUUUAAGUCCGUGGGUCAGAUGAGCAGAGCCCUCAGGGCUGCGUACAAAGCGCUGACGAAUCUGAGUGUUGGCAGCAUUUUUGGAGAGGAACUGGGCAGUGCAGUGCAAGAGGCCAGAGAUUUCAUGAGGACUCUGAAGGCCUGGGAGGUGCCGGUGGAUGAAAGGAAGCUUCUCAUGCUGAUGGAGCUAAAAGAUGAUCUGAAUGCAAAAACCAGGAACCCCAGUGUGUGGAUCAACAUGUGCCUGUCAGACAAAGCCCUGCAGGACUUCCUGGUGAACACCGUGCGGAGUUGCCAGGAGUCACCUCCAGAAAACACCAGCUUUAUCAAGGUAAUAUUGAAAAGCCUCCUGACUCCACAUAUCUACUCUGUCAAGGACUUCCCUGAGGCUUCCUUCAUUAUGCAAUGGAUCUUCCAGACUGAACACCCACUUCCCAAAUCUCCCAAAGUCUCUGAGCUUGAAGACCUCAUCAAAACACUGCAGCAAAUGAAGGAGCAUAUCCAUGCUGUCUCCUACGCACCAGGAAGCUCUGCUUCCGCCAUUCAUGAAGCAAAGCGAGAAGCGACCCAGACCAGCAGCCUCGCCAUUUAUUCCUUACUCCAGUGUCUCCAGGAAAAGGCUCAGAAGGACAUGGAACUGUUGGUGCUCUUGAUUGUGAGCAGCACAGGGUACCAGGUGGAAAGCAGCACUUUUCAGCACCUCCUUGGACACCCAGAAAUUGAGUACAUGGCCAAGGAAAUGGAAGCGGCGCACAAGGAGUACGUGAACCUGAAGGAGCGGGAUGCUGACAGAGCUGAGGCCUCUCUUCUGCUGAAGGGUCUGACGGUGACACCAGAAAGUCAAGGGCUGUCCCCUGAGCAGAAGAGGGAGCGUUUAAUUUUCAUGGAAGAUCACAUGAAAGGCUUGUGGUCCACACGGAUAAAGAAUCUGCUCCAAAAGCACAGUGGAGGUGAAGACUGGGAGAGGCUGGAACAGGACUUGCAUUCCUUGAUCAGUGGGUGCUUGGAUGGCAACGGGAAUGAAGAGAGGUUGCAGAACAUAAUCAGAGACCUGAAAGGCACUUUUUCAACAUCUGAACUCCCUAGCCAGUCUCAAUCCACCUCAGACAGCAGCCAAUCCAAAGCAGAUGAAGCCAUUCCAAAGCAGGAGUUCCUCCAGCUGCUCAAGCGCCUGGGACUGGAAAGUCACUAUCCAAGAAGAAUGGGGAUGGGAGAUUUCCACACCAUCUGCAGGACAUGUCUGCAGGACAGCCAGCCCAGCCAGGACACAGAACUGCCAGGUUACUUCCUGCAAAAGCUGUUAACUGUGGAUUACCAGGUGAGGUACCUGACUUGCUGGGAUGAGAGCAUCCCUGGCCUUGCAUCUGUGCCAGUAACUACAAAAGAAGAGGAUGAACUGUCAGAUUCCUUUGAUAACUUUCUUGAUGAUUUGGACGAAACAGCCCCUGAAUGUGUGAGCAGGGACAGCCAUGUGCACCCCAUGGACCUGCAGAUGGCCAUUUUCCACUGCGCUGAUGACUUCCUGAGACAAACCCUUGCAACCAAGCUGGCCUUCUGCCAACUGGCGCUGCCUCUGCUGGUGCCCAACCCGUGCACUUCACGCAUCGAGUUCCCACUCUACGCCCUCAGCCAAAUCCAAAGGAGCUGGAAAGAGGUUGAGAAGUCAGGAGAGCAGGCCCAAACAAAGAGUUACAACAACAAACUCAUCUUUCAGACACAGAUACCCAUCGUGUCCUUCAUCCGCAUUGGCAGCUCGGCCUCCUCUUCCAAAUCUCAGCUCCUGAAUGCUCUGCUGAGCAAACGCAAACACGACACUUUCUUCCACCGCCACUGCAGAGGCAGCACCAGGGAGCGUUUGCUGAUGGAAGGGGUGGUGGAGAUCGCUUGGUACUGCCCCCGUGGAAGCCCUGAUGACACCUUUGAGCGCUGCGUGGCUUUCUGCAACCUGCAUGGAGAUGCCAGGGAUCACAAAGCACAGCUGCAGUUCCUGCAGGAGAUAUCUGCUGUCAACGUGGCUCUGGUGUCCGAUUCGGAGCACAUGGACAGCAGGGGGAAAAAGCUUCUGCAGGACCUGUGGCAGUCACAAAGGCCUUUGGUUUGUCUUCUCACAGAAAAAGAGAAAGUUGCACCUGGACGAUCAAGUACAAAAAUAAAAAUUGGGAUCAGGAACAGAAACGAAGCAGAACUGGUGAUCCAGCUGAGCAAAACAAUUGGGAAUCUCCUGGCAGGGUCUAAUACACGUUUCAGCCUGGAUGCCUGUGCAGACAAAGCUCGCCAGCAAGGAUUCAUAGUGGAUGCAGAUCAACCCGGGUGUGUGGCAGCCAAAGCAAAGGCAAAGGAGCUGGUGGAGCUUCUGAAGAAAGAGAAGCUAUCAGAGAUCAAAUCCCAGCUGCUGCCGCUUCAAGGAAAACUGUGGUACCAGUGGUGCAAAAAGGACAAAGAACUCACUCGCUUGCAGGAGAAGGGGAACAAGAGCAUUGAGCAUCAUCGCAGCCAAAUUGAAAAUGAGAAGAAAUCACUAAGAAGAAAGCAACUUGAGCAAGCUUUCCCCCUCAACCCACUGAUGAAAUCAUUCCUUGGCUUUCUCAAGGGCCAACCAGCAGAUACCAAGAAAUAUUUCCUGCAGUGGAUGAAGGUCUUCAUGGAUGAGAUGUCCUGUGGUCGCCUUGAAGAACUGAGGAGAGUCUCUCAUGAGUUAUGGACUGAAAUCUCAACAGGAAAGAAAUACAAGAAAAAUCCCAGUGUGAAUGCUGAGUUCCUGAGUUACUUGGAUGCUCUCUCUAGUGAAAUCAACAAUUCAUCCAUUGGCCUGGAGCACCUUCUGAGAGAGGUGGGGCAGAUUUAUGAAGCUCUGCAAUUAAUGGAGACAAAUAAUAGCAAUUUUGCCAAACUGCCAGAAAUUGCAGCAGAACUGAUGGUUUUGGGUUAUCCUGUGGAGCUGAUGGAUGGGGACGCUUCUUACCUGCCCUUACGCUGGGUGGGAGCCAUCUUUGACAGCUUAAUGGAGAGGCUGGGGGACAAACGAGUGUUUGUGCUCUCCGUGCUGGGCAUCCAGAGCACAGGCAAGUCCACCCUGCUGAAUGCCAUGUUUGGUCUGCAGUUCAGCGUCAGUGCGGGGAGAUGCACCCGCGGAGCCUUCAUGCAGCUCAUCCCAGUGGGCGAGGAGCUGCAGCAAGACUUGGGCUUUGAUUUUGUGCUGGUGGUUGACACCGAGGGGCUCCGUGCCAUUGAGAUAGCCAAUAAACAGUCCCUGAACCAUGACAAUGAGUUGGCCACCUUUGUCAUUGGUGUUGGCAACAUGACUGUGAUCAAUGUGUUUGGAGAGAACCCAUCGGAAAUGCAAGAUGUUCUCCAGAUCGCUGUGCAGGCUUUCCUGAGGAUGAAGAAAGUCAAUCUUUCCCCCAGCUGCCUCUUUGUCCACCAAAAUGUGGGAGAAGCAACUGCCAAGGAGCAGAACAUGGAAGGCCAAAGGCGUUUGCAAGAAAAGCUGGAUGAAAUGACCGUGAUAGCUGCCCAGCAGGAAUUCUGUGACAUCUUGUCCUUCAGUGAUGUCAUUGGCUUUGAUGUGAACACCCACAUUCACUACUUUGCUCACCUGUGGGAAGGAAACCCCCCAAUGGCACCACCCAACCCCACCUACAGCCAGAACGUCCAGCAACUAAAGAGCAAAAUCCUCCAGGCUGCCAAGAAGCAGUCGCAGCACAGCAUUUUGAGGCUCUCGAGCCUGAAGGAUCGUAUUGGUGACCUCUGGAAUGCUUUGCUGAAUGAAAACUUUGUUUUCAGCUUCAAGAAUUCCCUGGAGAUUGCUGUGUACAGGAAACUGGAAAGUGCCUUUAGUCGGUGGACCUGGAAGCUGAGGAGUCACAUCUUAGACAUACAGAUGAGACUGGACAACCGAAUUCGGAAUGGGGACUUGCAGAAUGUCACCAGAAAAGACCUUGAAGAGCUGGUGCAAAAGACAAUUGAUGGCAUUGAGAAAGAAGUGGAGAAGUAUUUCGGGGAAGACAAAGACCAUGAGACACUGAUCCAGUGGAAAUCAGGCACAGAGCUGAAGCUGAAAGAACUAAAAGAGACUCUUCUCCAUGAAAUGAAGAAGAAAUGUGAGAGUCUUAUAGAGCUACAGAAGGAGCAGAGGAAACUGGAUGCAAGGAAGUUGGAAUAUGAAGAUGAGCUCCUGAGAAGGAGUAGGGAGCUGGCUGUGACUCUGAAAGGGAAGAGCCUGAGUGAGAGAGAACUGAGAGAUAACUUCACUUUUGUCUGGAACAAGUGGAUUGCCGAUGUCUCCAGUGCUGCUCGUCCUCUGGAACGGGUGAAUAUCGAUGCAGAGAUUGAAGAAGUCCUUCUAGAGCACUUUAAGGAGCCAGGUUUCCAUGCACGGAUCAUGUCAUUUCCCAAAAGCAGUGGAUUUUCUUUCGACUUAGAGAAACAUGUCAUGAAAAAAGAGAAUUUUCGCUUUACCUCAGAUCCCAGGAACAUUCCUUAUGCUGAUGCGAUCAACUUUCAGCACAUCACAGACAACAUCAUAGCGUGUGUCAAGGCAAACAUUGAUAAGAAGGAACAGGAGAAACGGGAUUACAGUCAAAAUUUUAUCCAUGAAAUACUCAAUGAAGUACAGAACGGUGUGAACUCCGUCCCCAGCCAUGCCAAAUGUACUUUUAACAGAGAGUACAGCAUAGCUUUGUCUCUGUAUCUGUGCAAAAUGGCAGGGGAAAGGUUUAAAGCCAUGCACAAAGCAUUCCAAAAGGCAAAUGACCCAGUUGUGUACCUGAGCAGCAAGAGAGAAGAGUUCUUCCAAUGUUUCCAGAUGUCCUGCCAAGGAGCCACUUCAAUCACAACUUUUGCUGUUUUCCUUUGUGACAAGAUUGAAGCGGCUCUUCGCCGGGCGGUCUAUGAGAGGACGUCUAAAGCCAUCGCUGAGGACAUGCAGGGCAAAUUCCCAGAUUUCAGGGGCAACAGAGCCAGUCUGGAAGUUUGCAUCCUGAGAUACCUGGCAAAAAAAGAAAAUUUUGAGUAUUUCAUGCAAUACCUUCAUUCCCCAAAAAAAUUUUUUUGGAGGUAUCUUGAGACACGAGUUAAGCGUUACUGUUUAGGUAAGGGUAAGAGACUGGAGAAAUUUUUAGAUUGCUCCCUUAAUCUUCUCUAUCGAAACAUCCUGUCAGCUGUUUCUUUAUCAACCCAAAUUGUCAAAGACAGAAAAGACAGAGAGGACAAAGUCUCUCUUUGGCUGGAUGAAUUUUGCAGGGAACUGACAGAAGUGAUCAACUUGCCCAGAAGUGACUUGAAGGGCAUCGAGCACCAAGAGGUCAAAGAUACUGAGUUCCUGAGGAGUGCCAUGGCAGAAGCUCUGGAUGACCUGAGGGACAGGCUCAGGAAAGAAUUUGCUGGUGCUGAUAUGAGCUCGUUUGCAACGCAGCCUCACACCAUCCUGGUGGAGCAGUUUUCGGGGUGCUGGGAGAAGUGUCCCUUUUGUGGGGCUGUCUGCACAAACACCAUGCAGGGACAUGAUGGAGACCAUCAGCUGGUCUUCCAUCGCCCACAAGCUUUGGUGGGUGUUCAGUAUUACAAGACAAAAGAGCUGGUCAUUGAUAUUUGUUCCAGCCUUGUUGCAAGUGAUGUCUUAUUCAGAGUUGGUGACAAUGAAUGUAUCCACUGCAAGACAUACCGUGAUGCUGGACCUCCUUUUUCCAAUUGGAACAUUCUUCCUGAUUCAUCUAUGCAGGCGUACUGGAAAUGGUUUGUGUCUCAUUUCAGGACACAGCUGGAAGCUUUGUACAAUGGUAAAUUUCAGGGCAAAGGAGAAAUCCCUGAGGCAUGGCAGAGAAUUACCAAGCAGGAAGCCUUGGCUGAGCUGGACAGGCAUUAGGCCACAUCCAUGGGAAGGAAGAACCACAGGGGCUUUGCAGUUCAGGAG